AUGUCGCGCCUAAGUCAGCAGGAAAAAGAUGAAUGGAUAGCCAAUCCGCAUGGCUAUACCGAGGGUGAAUGGAGAUACGUCAUUCUCUCACCGGGGCAUACGGUGUUUUUCCCCUCUGGCACGAUCCACUUCGUCUUCAGGGUACAAGGAGUACAGACAUUUGCCCUCGGCGGCCACGUCCUUCAAUGGUCUGGCAUUGAGCGGUGGCUUAAAGUGGUCAUCGCUCAACUGAAAAACCCGGAGAUUACUAACGAGGACAUGGCAUCGAGUGCGCCAAAGUACGUUCAAGUCGUCAAGCGACUUGUUGCAAACAGGAUGAAAGCUGGCCGGGUGGAAGAGAUGGGCGGUCGAGAUGCAGUCGCCAGACUGUCCACCUUACUAAAGGAUUUCGACAGCGUUGCUGGGGCUCGCGUAUAA